AUGGAAAAAAUUAAGAAAACGUUUCAAGUCGGCAAAAGCUCGACGAGCAACGACCAGAAUACCGACUCGGAGAUGUCGUCUACCAGUUCGGCCUUGGGGGAACAGAAGCCUCCUGCUGGAACCAUGGAAACGGAUGAAGCGAGUCCUCGCCGUUGGUUGAUCUCUCCCGACGAGUACUCGGGCUUGGGGGAGCAAACGGUUCCUCUGCGCUCCCUCUUCGACUUCUUGCCCCUGGAGGAAACUCCCAUAUACGUUGGAACAUUGCCGCACACGAAGCCGAUCUCCGAAUUACUCGCCAAACAGGUGAGGGACAACGCAGGGGCCACCUUGCAGGUGAAUAUCGAGGAUAGUCAGUUCUACUGCAUACCAAGCCUUCUCAAGUGCUAUUCGAUGUGGUUUGCGAGCCGCGAUUGGCGUGCCACCAAUUUCAACUUUUUGCCAAGUCAGGUGCCGGCCAAAGGCUUCGAGUGCGCCUACGAAUGGUUGCGCUUCCAGAAGCUGCCCAGCACUGCUGACGUGGUGUAUACACUCCAGGUGGCCAGGUACCUGAAGAUUGACCUUCUUGAGCCCAUAUGCUGGGCGGUGCUGAACGCCGAUAGUCUGCGCGAAAAGGCUGCCUUUAUGGUGUUUCGGCAGGCAAAGCCAUACCCGGAUCUUCAGGAUGUAUGCAAUGCGAUGAGCGGAAGGAUUCGAAAUUACUUCCUAGCGCUCGUGGGGAGCAAAUAUUUCACGGAGCUAUCAGUUGACGACCUGGAAUACCUACUCAAGCGCGACUCUAUCGGCGUUAACUCCGAAAUAGAGGUCUUCUUCCUGGUCCUGCGCUGGAUGAACCUGGCGCGCGACGAACGCGUGAAGCAUCUGGGCCGCCUAAUGGACUGCGUUCGAUUCAGUCUCAUGCCGAUUGCCUUUCUGUGGACACUGCGCGACGGUUUUACGCACCCGGACAAGGAUCACCUUUUCUCGGCAGACCCCAUGCUGCAAGCCUUCAACAUGGAUCCUAAAACAGAAACGAUCAUUACCGAUGCCAUGUCCUACGUAGCCACGGCUGAUUCUUUCCUUGGCGACUAUGACAGCUAUUUGGAUCACAUGAAAGAGCAUCGUUUGCCAGUGACCUAUCCUCGCAAGAACGUCUACCAUCACCAUUGCCCGUACCACAAGUACGUGCUGGGAGUUUCUGACGUAGAACUAAAUUUCAAAGCCAACGACUUUGAACAGUACAUCGGGUGCUUGCAGGAGCUGUGGAAAGGAGACGGCCCGCCAUCGCAUGGGGACGAGUUGGUCGUCGAUGCGCAGCAGGAGGCCAUGGGACCACUUCGCCAAUAA